AUGGCGAGUGCGGAAACGUCCGCCGCUCCGUUUGCGCCGCAUCCAGCCGUGAUUCCAAGCCAGAACGUUCCGCAGGCUCCGUCCGGCACACCAGCUCUUCAAGCCCUCGAGACCAGUUGGGUAGAAGAGACGCUGCUCCCAUUCCUGCACUACGCGUGCAUUGAUCUAGGUCUUUCCGCUUCGCAGCUCAAAGACAGUGUGCUUGCCGCGAAGAUCUGGGCUUUCCAUCGCCAAAAUCCACCUACUGUCAACGAGGACAUCUUGUUCGAGCGCAUCUUCAUGUUCGUCAUGAAUCGACACAACUCCACCGAUAUCGAGAUCGCGCCUUAUGCAGAGCUGACCCCGCUUGUUCGCUAUCUCGUUCGUCGCGCCAUGAUCAAUGGCCCCUACAAACUCUUGGAUCGGAAAUGGACUGGAAGCAAAGAAUGGGUUGCGGAGAUGGCAGCGAGGUACAAGUGCACGUGCAAGGCAUGUGGAAGCAAGGAGAAGAUGUUGUCGACAGAGGAAAUGAUGGGACGGGAGUUGUUGGAGUAA